UUUAAAUCACUAAUGAAGAUUUUUGAAUAAGGCACAUGUCAUGUUAUUGAAAAGACAAUAGUUACACACUGGUGAAGAGGAGAGAAAAAAAAGAGAGGGCAGACUCGAGUCGAAACAAAAUGCAUCAUUCUCCAGUUUAAGCAGACGGCUGUUGAUUAUGGUGGAGAAAUCAAUAUGCUGGAUAAUUCACAUUUCCCAUCAGCUUAGGAUGAGGGAACAAAGUAAUUGCGCCACAAGUGAAGAUGACACUAUGGUUUCUUGCUGAAAUUUGUCUUGAUAGGGAGUGAUGUUGUGUUUCCUGGAACGGCUCUGUCCAGUGAGGAUAUCCUCCAGUCUUAUACUAUGUUCUUUGUGACAGUUAAUGAAAGCCAAACAUCAGAAGGAGGAAAUAAUGAUUAUGUGUAAUAAUCGGGUGACAAUCCAUCUGAUUGACCUUGUUUGUGAGGGAUAAUUACUGAUUUUGAUGGAGUUGUCUGACCAGAGGGGAUACAGACAUUAUCUCGUCUUGUACCUACACAGUCAAAACAAUAGCUGAGGUGAAAAACGCUCAGUCUAAUUGACCAUGACCACUUCUUCAACAACUUCUUACCCUGUAGGAGAUGUGGGCCUACCUCACCUGGUUUACCUGACCCACGAGGGGACCCUGACCAGUAUAUGUACCCACCGCCCGGUUCUACAGUCCUACGAUACCGACCAGACCUCCACCCAGCGCUGCUGGGGCUGGCUCUACUCAUGCUGCUGCUGCCAUUUUAACAGGACUAUGAAACUGUCCCAUGCUAAAGGGAUCUCCAAACGUCUCUCUGAGAUUGCACGAUGGAGUAGACUUUGGAAGAUUAUACAAGAUGAAGAAUGUGAGCAAUGCUCGGAUUUGAUUGAGGCAGAAAACGAGAGCGACCUCCGUGUCAAACGUUUCCUGAUGGACAGGUCCAUUUUAAAAGUCCACCUCCCUAAUGGGGGGUUCAACAUGGUGAAAUAUGGCGACGCGACGGAUGUAAAGGACAUCAUCAAACUUGUGGUGGGCCGGUUAGCUGCAGGAGAGAGAUACUAUUCCAAAUGCUAUGCCCUCAAACUGGUCCACUUACAGUCCAAGGAGUCGUACUGGCUCCACAACAAUCUGUCCAUGUACCAGGUCAGACAGAAGUACGAGUCGUCUCACCCCCCAGAGGAAUGGAGAUAUGAGCUAAGAGUCAGAUACUUACCAAAGAACUUCUCUGAUCUUUAUUUGAGAGAUAAAGUGACCUUCUUUUAUUUAUAUGACCAAAUACGCAAUGAUUAUAUGAGAGAUAUAGCAGAGUCUAUAGAGCCAGAAGUUGCCAUUCGCUUAGGUUGUAUAGAAAUGAGACGAUUUUUUAAAGACAUGCCACAAGUAGCCUUAGACAAGAAAUCCAACUUUGAGUAUUUAGAAAAAGAAAUUGGCUUUAAAAGAUUUCUUCCCAAGUCAGUUAUAGACUCUAUGAAGUCGAAGAAUCUAAGGAAGCUGAUCCAGAACCAUUUUAAGCAGUAUGCCCAGUUAAAGGAGCAUGAGUGCGUGUACAAGUUUUUUGACACUCUGUCAACCGUGAACAAGUUUAACCAGGAGCGGUUCCGAUGUAAUGUUGGGUCCACAACAUCUUGGGGCAUUUCUAUGGAGAUUGUGAUAGGACCCGAGGUUGGAAUAAGCUACCAGACAGAGAAGUCUUCAUCUCCGGUACACAUGGCCGAUUUCUCUCAAGUGAAGUCCAUUCAGACGACUACGCAGGAGGAUCGUGGGAUUCUCCAGAUCCGUAUAGCUGGAGCUGUGGACCCCCUGACAAUAACCUCCUCGCCCUCCGAGGUCGAAGACAUGGCCGACCUUAUUGACGGCUACUGUCGACUCGUUCAUGACAUCAACACAUCACUGUGGACAAGGAAAGCGUCUAUGGAUUGGCAAUUAUCAGUGGAAGAAGCGCUCACACGCUUAGAACAAGGGGAUAGCAUUCCACGGACACCCAAGUCCAGCAUGAAGAAGUCUGGACAGAAAGACGCCAUCCACCAUGAAAGAAUUUCAGAUUACGCCGAGAUUGUGGAAGAUGAAGGUGACUACAGUACACCAGCAGGCCCUCUGGGUAGCAGACGACGAAAGAAAAGAGAUGAAGUAUAUAGUCGUAACUUUGAGCUUAAGCGGGAGAACAUCAAACUCCUGGAAGUGCUGGGGGAGGGACAGUUUGGGGACGUGUUUAAAGGACUCUUUACAGACAAGGAUGGAGUUCAGUCUGCUGUAGCUGUCAAGACUUGCAAGGAGGAUAAUGAAGACUCCAUGAUGGAAAAGUUUCUAGAAGAAGCAUUGAUCAUGCAGCAGUUUGACCACCCCCACAUCAUUCACCUGGUUGGGAUCUGUUCCGAGACACUUCCUGUCUGGAUUGUCAUGGAGCUGGCCAAGCAUGGAGAGAUGAGAGCUUACCUACAGAACAACCGUACCAGACUAGACCUGUGUACCCUGAUGCUGUAUUGUCAUCAGCUCAGUAAGGCCCUCUCCUACCUCGAAAGCAAGAAGUUUGUCCACAGGGACAUAGCUGCUAGAAAUGUUUUGGUCUCAUCUCAUGAUUGUGUCAAACUUGGCGACUUUGGAUUGUCAAGGGUUGUGGAUGAACAAAGUUACUAUAAAGCUUCAAAGGGCAAACUUCCUAUAAAAUGGAUGGCUCCAGAAUCCAUCAAUUUCAGGAGGUUCACAACAGCUAGUGAUGUCUGGAUGUUUGGAGUGUGUAUGUGGGAGAUUUUAAUGUAUGGCAUUAAACCAUUCCAAGGAGUGAAGAACAAUGAUGUGAUUGGCAAGAUAGAGAAUGGGGAGCGAUUGCCCCUCCCACAGGAAUGUCCCCCCUCCCUGUACAAUCUCAUGUGUCAGUGCUGGUCAUAUGAACCUUCCAAGAGGCCUUCAUUUUCUGACAUAAAAGUCCGCCUUCAAGAAAUUUUAGCUGAAGAAAGAAAUCGUCAAGUUGAGGAGAUGAAAAGAGACAACCGUAGAAUACAAGAAAUAAAUUGGACAGGAUCAAGUGGAUCAGAUAUUGAGGAACCCCCGCCAAAACCAGCCCGUCCCAAUUUCAUGACACCAGCUGGAUCCACCCCAAACCUCUCCAAUAACCACAGUGUGGACUCCCUCCCCCCACAAUGGGGGAGCACCACUCAUCUCCCCAUCAGUCACAGCACACCCCUGGGACCUAGCCCCCAGCAGCCCCCAAUACACUCUCACACCGGCCCACCUGUCAUGUCAGUAAUUCCCCAGCAUCAAGGACCCAGAGAAAUCAACCUACAGAAUUACUUCCCUUCCUCAUCUGGAUACACAUCAGUUCAACAGCAUCAGCACUAUCUCCAUCAGAACUCCGAGUCGGUUCCAGACAUGGGCCGGGGAGGAGCUGGUUACCCUGGUUAUAAUGUUCCCCGCAAUCCCCAACAACUGUCAGAAAUGUUGUCUACAGGCCAGAGGAAUGCUCCUCCAUCUCCUGUCAAUUCCACUGUGAUAUCAGAUAUUAUGACUCAGAAUCCUCACUCUAAUCAUGCCUCUCCAGACAGCGAGUGGGCGCCAGCAGUGACGGUGCCGGUGAGGCUUUUGAAUGACUCAGAAGACACGACUGUGAUAGAACAACAGCUACGCCUUCAGCAGAGACAGUCUGAGGAGGACGCCAAGUGGCUGCAGGACUCGGAAAAACACCUGAAGAGAGAUAAAAGUUCUGGUGCAAUCGAACAGGAGACAAGGGUUCAGAAUAACCGCUCUCCCACGGAUGGUCUCCCCACACAGAAGGAGAACCCACAGAUUCCUCCCCAUCCAAAUGUGGUCACUAGAGUGCCUAGCCACACCUCAAGUGGAAGCAGAAGUAGUAGCACGAGUGAGUCAGAUGGUCUGUCAUCACCAAGGCAACCUGAACUACCUGACCUAGACCGAUCCAAUGACAACAUCUAUAACAGCACCACAAGUGUUGUUAGGUCGGUGAUGGUCUUGACAAAGGAAGCUAGCAACGUGAAAGCAGAGGAGUACACCAAUCUCGUCAAAGAUGUCGGUGUGAAGCUGAGGGCUCUUUUAGGUGCAGUGGACGAGUUCAUUCCUACACUCCCAGCACCAUUUGUCCAUGAGGUUCAGAUGGCCCAGAAUGUUUUAUCGACUGACAUGGCAUCCAUUAUUGCAGCCAUGAAAUUAGCCAUCCAAUACAGCACAACAACAAUGGAUGUUGAGUACAGAAAGGGCAUGCUGAAAGCUGCCCAUGUGUUGGCAAUGGAUUCCAAGAACUUGCUUGAUAUUGUAGAUAAGACUAGAGUGAAAGUGAAACUACAAAGUGGUCUCAGCUGAUAGUUAACUGUCUUGUAUAUCAGUGUGACUGUGCAUAAUAACAGGUUGUACUCAUUCCUGGAAACUGUUUAUUCUCUUUACAUGUAACCAGGAAAAGGAAGCAUUAGGUGUUAUGACCCCAGGGUCAGAGGUCAAGACCCCGGGUCAACAGUAAAGACCCCCAGGGUCAGAGGUCACAAAACAAGUGUUUCAUCACAAGGCCUUGCUUUAGUCCAGAAGGUAUGCACCUUAUAUUGUAGCGAAGAAGUGCUUGUAUAAACUUAAAACAACCUACAAUUUCUUACUUAUGGACCAAAUUACACUUUACAGCAUCAGCUCCAAAUGUGUUUACUUUAGAAAUUUUGCAUUGAUUGUAACAAAGCAUUGAACAUUUUGAAUCUAUAAAGUUUUAUUUGUACAUUACAUUGAAUUUAUUUAAUUUUGGUUUUUCUGUGUUUCAUUUAUACAUUGAAAUAUUAAAUUUACUUUAAAUGGUUUACUAUUUUAGAAUAUUUAGGUGUAAUCUGAAAUUUUGAAAGUACGGUAUUAAUAGCAUUAUCAUGAUCAUUGUGGAUGCAUGUAAAUGAAGUAUGAGAGUUUAGUAUGGAAACAAUUGUGGAGUAGCUUCUUGCACGCCAUUUGUCAAAAGUUAACAUGUCAUGUUGUAAAAAGGGAAAAAUAUUCUCUUGCCAUUUAUUUAUUGCUGUACAAUAAAAUUCAUGGAACUCUGA